AUGAAACCAUAAUAAAAUUUAAAAUAUGGCUCCAUAGUUCGUAUCCAAGGGAAAACUGAUAGUGGAGGAUAAGGAUUCAUUUCAGCCAAAGGGUAAUUAGUUUGAAAUAAAGAUUAGAUUCUUUGAUAAAGCAGUGUAUUAUCAAACUUACGAAGAUCUAAAUGAUUUGAAUAAUUUUAGAGAAGGUCUAUUUUAACUUUUACCGAGAGGGAGUUUUGAAAUUCAUGAUGAAUAUUAUAAAAUGAAGUAAUAAAUAUUAAAUUAUAUAGGGCUAAAAAUAAAGGAUUAUUAUAUAGAGUAAAAUCAGAAAAAGAAUAAUAUUUAGCAAUGAUUGAAAACAAAAUGAAUGAAGAACUAUAUUUUGGGUAUCUGAUUAUGUAAGAAUAGAGCGGAAGCUAUUUUUAAGCAUAUUGAAUCUGGAUAUUAUUUAGUCUCCUCAGAUGAAUGUAGUGACUAAAGAAGUGACUCUUUUAAAAUAAAGCUUUAACCGUAUUUAUCAAGCAAUAUAAUUUUUAAAUUAGAAGCUUGUAAAAGUCAUCAAAAAACAGGCAGACCAAUAUAAACUAAAGAAUAAGUAAAAAUAUUAUCAGAUUCAUCAAAAUUUUGGUUAGAAAAGAGUUUAAAGGCUCCUGUGUAAUUAGAUCAUAAACCACCAUAAUCUGAUUUAAGACCUGAAUUAAAAGGACUUUCCACUGAAUCUCAUAGAUAUGAAUUAAUAAUAAGUCAUAAUUCAACAAGUAGUUGGAAAAUAGAUUAAUAUUAAUCAUACGAAGAAUAUAUUUAACCAACAAAUUUAUUGUAAGAUAGAGAUAUUUGUGUCUUUAAUUUUACAUAAAAUAAUUCCUAUCUUUGUAUUGAUUUAAGAAAGAAUUCAUUAGCACUUAAAUUAAUUGACGAAAAAGCUUAAGUUCCUAUUGAUUGUUUAUGGGAAAUAACAUUUGUUUAAGAAAAAAAUGAAUAAAAGUCUUAAUAAACAGUUCCAUAACUGUAAUCUAAACCUGUAAUAACAAGACUUCCAUCUGUAUUAGUUACAAAAGUAUCAUUACCACUUUCAUUAAUUGGUUUACCUGGUACUAUUUAAUCUUCUGGUAGAACUUCUGCAAAUAAUGCAGCUGCAGGUGGUCCAAAUGUAGGAUAAUUAACAUAAUAAAAAAGAAAUAAACAUAUUUAUAAGACGAUAUUACUUAGACAUUAUUUAACAGGUAAGCUCAUCAAAUGUGCAGAAAGAUUAGAUGAUGAUGAUUGUAUCUAAGCUUUUAUUGAUGAUAUCGGAACUUCUAUUGAUUUAUAACUAGCUAAUAAUCAUGAUUAAGAAUUUCUUGAUGGUUCAUAUGUUAAUUUAGUACAUGAUGAUAACACUUUAACAUUAAUUAAAAUUAAUUAACAUUAAACUUAAUAAUCUUUUGGUUAAAUUAAAGAUAUAAGUUCUCUAGGAGGCUUUUUUAAUUAACAUACUAAAGCUGUAGAAAAUCUAUUUAAAACUGCUUUUAAGGGAAAAAAAACUACAGAUGCUUUUAUUAUUAAAAGAGUGGAUAACAAUUAUAAAACUGAACUUGUUUAGGCUUUCUCAGCUUUAGAGUAUUUAAUCAAUUUUUCAGGGGCUCUUAAAAUUAAUCAUUAAUAUUUUGCAUCUAUGGCUAAUUUAGAAUAAAUUAAAUAGAUAGAAAAAUUGUUAGCUGGUCUAAGCAAAUUUAUUAUUAAUUUAGAAAAUGAUGAAGAAUAAGAUGAAGAAAUUGAUGCUUUUGUUAAUUCUAGAAGAUAAAUUAUUAUGAAAGAAUUGUAUUAUAUAGAAAUUUUAAUUGAAAUCUUAUAUUCAUUAUGUUAUAAGUCUGGAACCAAAAAGCUUUUAUUUUGGAAACAUUAAAAAUAAUUAAUUAAAACACUUUUCUCAGAAACUUAUUCAUUACUUACUAAAUUAAUAUAAAAUAAUAAUACAAAUAAAACUUAUGCAUCAUAAUGGAUGGAAAUGUAUCUUCAUUAAUAUAUUAUGGUGAGUGAACCUUAUAUUCAAAGAUUUUUAGCAGAAAUUUUAGAUAAUAAUGUCUUAGCCAUUAAAAAAUUUUUAAAUUAAAACCUUGUUAUCAGGAUAAUUGAAAUUAUUGGAUCUCAAGUUCCUCAUGAAAAAUAUUUAAAAAUUUUAAGUUCCAUUUGUGUCUCUAACGGUUAACCUGUCAAAGAAAAUCAAUCAUUAGUACUUUAAUAAUUUUUUCUUAAAACUGGAUUUGGUAUUUUUAUAUAUCUAAUUUUAGAUUUUUGUUUUCAAUUUAAAAUUGAUGAACAAUCAUAGUUGUAAGUUUUAUGUCCAAUCUAAAAAAUUAACAAAUUUAGAACAUUCGAAGAAUUUUAUAGAGAAAGCUAAAAAAUUGAUUCUUUCUAAUAAUGGAAUUAUUUUCAAAGUUAUUUUGAUUUAUUGGGGGAUAUAUGUAUGAAGAGAAAUAAAUAGGCAAAAAAAUAUGUGGAUGAUAACUUCCCCUUAUAAAUUUUAUUAAAGAUUCUAAUUGAAGCAGAAAAAAAUUAAAGAUUUAGUAUCAUGAGACCAUUAUUAAAAUUAAUAAGGUAUGCUUAUAUUGAUAAUGUUCCAUUUGAAAAAGUAAAAAGAAUUAAAAGGGUACAAUUGUUUUCUGAUUUAGAUGAUGAGUACCCUCAAUAUAUUGAUAGAAUAGAGUCAAAUCAUACAUUAUAAGAGUUUAAUCUUUUUAUUUUAAUAUAAUUAGAGAAGAAUAAAAAUUGUUGGAAAAAUAUUGAGUUUUAGAAAACAAUUUAAGAAAUAUUGAAAAUAAUUGGAUGUUAAUUAGAUUUAGGUUUUUAUGUAAAUUUAAAUCAAAUUGAACAGAUUUUAAAUUAUAUGUAUUAAAUUUGUAGUAGUAUUAAUGAAUUCUCUUUUGGUAAUGAGAAAGAGAAUUCAAUGUUAUCUAGUUAAUAAGGUACAUAUGUUUAAAAUUUUAUUGAUCAUAAACUUAAAGCCACAAGAUUAUCUGAAUCAAAUAGUGUUAAAAUUUCUUGUAAAUAAUUAGCAUGUGAAAUAAUUUAAAAAAUAUUUGAUUUUGAAGCAAAUCUGAGAGUAUUUGAAGCUGCUAAACUUUUAAAAAAUCUUUUGAUUGAAUUAAAGAUUAUUGAAAAUAUUGAAUAAAAAUAAUAAGGAAGUAGUAAAAAUAUAAAAGCAGCUUAAAAGAUAAAAACACUAUUUACAAGUGAAAGUAUUAAACCAAAUGCAAAAUCUAUUGCUGAUAAAUUAAAAAAGAAGUCUACUGAAGAAGAAAAAAUAUUUUAUGAUCCACAAAAUUGGAUUUUAAAAUUUAAAUAAUUACUAUAAAAAAGAUCAUUAUCUGAUGUUGAAUAUUUUGAAUUGAUUUUUGCUGAAUUAUCAUUUUAUGAAAAUCCAUUAUUGCCAAAGUAUUCUCUUGAUAUACUAAAAAGAGCAUAUGGGUAAAGAAAAGAAUUAAUAUCUAAUUUUGAAAAAAUUAUUAUUGUGGCUUCAGGAAAAACAUUAGAAUUAUCAGAAUUAAGUUCUUUAAUUUUUAAUAAAUUUGAUAUUUUAACUGAUUCUUAUUUUAUAGAAAUGUAUAAUGAAAAUAGUCCAACAUAUCAAAAAUAAAAUAUAAUUUGGAAUGUUAAUUGUUAAGAAGCAUAGAAAACAGGUCUUAUUUAAAAUUUAUAAAGGUUGAAUAAAUACUUAAAAAAAGAUUUUGAUAAGACAAAGUAAAUGGUAGCUUUAAAUUAUGAAGAUUAUUAUCCUGAUAAUAAAUCUAGAAUUAUAUAUAAUGAAAGAGAACUUAACUAUCGACUUCAUUAGUCUUUAUUAAUAGCCUAAGAAUUACAUAUUCCAAUUUUAAAUUUCAUUUAAAUGUUUGUUCCUACUUUAUCAGAAAUUUAUUGGAAACUUUUGCAUGCUUGCUAUGAUUAUCUUACUUUAAUAAUUUGGAAUCAUAUGGAGAAUAAAAUAGCCUUGUCUAAAUAUAAAGAAUCUAUGUAUCCUCAUUUAUAAUAUAAUGUUGGAAUAAUUGAUUUUUUAAAAGCAUUAUUUGCAAAUAAUAAACCUUUAAUUUACAGUUAAAGAGAGAUUCCUAAUAUUUUAUAAAUAAUACUAAAAUAAUGUGAUGGUUAAUCUUUGGGUAAUUACUAUAAAUCAAAAUUACUAGAUUUUUUAAGAAUAAUUUUAAUUUUCAAUUCUUCUUACAUUCCAUAAAAUUAAGCUCUUACAUUAUAAAAUCUUUAAGAACAUACAUAUGGAAACCUUAUUAUAAGUUUAAAUUUGGUUGCUUCAGAUAUUAUGGCAACUCAAAAUUCUGAUCAAAGUUUUAGUGAUGUCACAUCAUAAACAUCUGAACCAAUCAUUGAAAAUCUAAUACUAACAGAAGAUCAGAUAUCAUAUUAUAUUAAUCAAUACUAAUUAGAAUAUUAAAAGUUAAAUAAAGAUUAAAUUUAAAUUGAUAUCAGUCCAGAACUUUCAUAUAUGUAUACAUUCUUUGGUCUGUUUAGUUAAUUAGUUGAAGAAUAACAUAAAGUAAAUCAAAAAAAAUGCAGAAAAAUUCAUUCAUUUCCAGAUUUAAUUAAAUUAUUAUCUUUAUCUUAAUAAGUAUGGCCAUUAAAAAGAUAUUUAAGAGCAUAUAUAAAUAGACUUUAUUAUUGUUAGGGAAGAGAUGUAGUAACUUAGUUUAUUUCAAUAGACUUCAUUACAAUACUAGAUGAUUUAGAAAAUAUUAUAGAAUUAAAAUCUAGCUAAAAUCUUUCAUUCUUUAAUUAAAUUACAAUAGUUAAUCCAAUUAGAUAUAAAUAUUUAAUCUCUUAUAUUUAUUUGUACUUAGAAGAAAUAUUAAUAACAUUACAUUAUGUUUUUAAUAAUAUUGAAUUCUUAGAAGAUUUAGAAGAGUAAUUAUAAUUAAAUAGAAGUAAAAAUAAAUUAAUAAUUCAUUUAUAAAUAUUUGAUUUAGUAUAGAAGCUUAUUUUGAUUGAAAGAUUUUAUUAGAAAUAAAAUAUAGGACAUAUAUCAAAAAUUAUUUUGAACAUACUUCAUAGCAUUGUAUCAACAUUUGAUCUUGAUAUAUUAAAAAUUAGAGAUUCACUAUUUUUAUAGGUUUUGAAAUAAAUUAAUGCCUACGAAAAAGCACUUCAAUUAAACUCUUCAAAUCUUAUGUUAUCUUCAGAAGCAAUAGACUCAGAGAUUAGAAAUUCUCUAGAAAAUACAAGUAGAUUUUAACAUAAUGAGGAAGAAUACAAAAAAAUUUUAAUAGAUUCUAUUUUUUCAGUAGAUAAAUUUACUUAAGGCAAAUAAGUUUUAGGUAAUUUAGUUAAAAUUUGGAAAAACACAAGACGAUCAACUUUAUAACCAGAAGAUAUUAAUGAAAAAAUAAAUCAUAAACUUAAGAGAGUUAUAAAUAUAUUGAGUUUAUCAUCUACAUUUUAAAUAUUUUUGGAAGAAGAAUUUCUUGAAGCUUGUAAAAAAAUGUUAUCAAUUGGAUAAGAAUCAAUGUUAGCUUAUCAAACGAAAUUUGAAGUAACAUCAUUAAAGCAUUACAUUUAAAAUAUAAUCCAUAUGAGCAUUUCAAAUGAGACUUAAUUUACAGAUGAUUUAAGAAUAUUCUUUUUAAAAAUGAUAAGUAAAUUAAUAACUGAAAAGAAUUAAGCUAAUAGUAUUUAAUUAAUAUCUGUUGAUUAAUGGCCUAGUGAUUAUUGGAUUGAUUAUAAAUAAGAAAUUGAAAAUGCUUAAAAUUUUUUAGUUGAUUGUGGAGCUGCUGAUCUUGUGAUUGCACUAUUUUCUGAAUAGAAAUUAGAAAUUAGAUUAGAUUUGUUAAGUGAAUGCUUAUUAUUCUUAAUUGCAUUUUUAUUAGGAGGGAAUACAAAAGCACAAAAUGCUAUUUUGGAAAAACUUAAAAAAGAUGAAUAAAAUACAGUUUUAACUAAUUUUCGAGUUUUAAUUAGUAAAUUAACUCAAGUUAUUAAUAAUAAUUUUUCCAUAAUUACUUAAGAAUUAUCUGAAAGUACAGAAUUAAUAUAAACUGUUGAUAAUUAUGACUUUUUCGAUAUUGACACAUAAACUAUGAUUAGAUUGAAUGUAAUUGAUCCAGAUGAUGCUAAAGAGACAGCAUUUAAAAAAUUAUGUUUAGAUGUUAUUUGUAGAUUUUUUAGAGUUAUGCAAUUAUUUUGUGAAAAUAAUAAUGUAGAAAUGAAAAAAUAUAUAAGAUAAUAAACAGAUUAAAAAAAUAACCCAAAAAUAAUGUCUACUAAUUUUAUUGAAUUUGCAAGCGUUUAAUUAAGGGUUUAUUUUAAAAUUUUAUCUAAAGCUAUCAUUGUAAUACCAUAAUCUAUGUUGGAUUUUGUAAAUGAAGUUAUUUAAUUACCUUGUAUUGACAAUUAAAUUACAUUAUGCAACACAACAUUUUUUGAAGAUGCAAGUCACAUGGCAUAAUUUUUUAAUGAUAAAAGUAAUUAAAUUAAUAGAUUAUUUGAAAAUUCUGAAGAUUUAUAAGAAUUGUAAGAACUUUAAAAUAAAAUUUUAUAAGCAGUGCUAUCAGUGUUAGAAGGAAAUGAAGAAAAAAUAUAUAAGGAUUUAUCAAAUAAAUUGGAAGCAUAGUUUUUAAUUAAUUUUCUUUAAAAUAAUUUAGAAUCAUUAAAUAUUUAAAAUUCUACUGAUUUAGAGUAAAUUCUUCAACUUUAGGACAAAGUUUUUGACUCUGAUAUGUAAAAAAUUUUAAAUGUUUGUAUAAUUCAAUAAUAAAUGACAUAACAUUCCGACAACAAAUGGUUAGUUUAAUUUUAAGAGAAAAUGGAAUAAUUUCCAGAGCUUCCUAAAAUAUUUGAAAAGUUGUAGAAUUUAAUUCAUAAAAUAGAAAUUAUUUAUUAAGGAAAAAAGAUGAAAGUUUUUUUCCCUUUUCAUCCUUAUUUUAAUUUAUUAUCAGAACAAACAAAAUAAGAGUUAUUAUUUACAGUAAAUAGAGAAACAUAAAGAGAUAAAUUAGUUGGAAUGUUAUCAUAAUCUGAGAUCUUAUUUUAUGAAUUAGAGCAUAAUUAUAAGUUAAAUCACUAUCGAAUUCCUAUUACUUAAUAAAAUUUAGAUUUAUUAUAAAAUUUAGCAUCGACUUUUGCUGUAUUGAUUAAUUUAGCUAUGGUAAAAUUAUGUUAUUAUUUUAUAGAUAUUUUUUUACACUGUUGUGGUUAAGGAGAACACUUUUUUUUUAUACUCUAAUCAAAUUAAUCAGCUAAUAAUCAAUCUUUUAUCAUUGGGCUAAUUAUUUUCAUAAAUAGCAUUAUUUAUAAUGGUAAGCUUACAAAGAGUUCCAAUUGCAAUAGAAAAGAAUCAUAAAAAAAAGGAUAGUUUAUUAUCUUAUAUUGUAUUUUUUAAAGAGGAUACAUGUCUUAUUUUAUUAUUUUUGGUUAUAAUAUCUUUUUAUGGAGUAUUUUGCAAUUCAAAUUUUUAUGUUAUUCAUUUAGUUGAAAUAUUUAGUAGAAAUUCACUUUUAAAAAAUGUAUUUUAGGCAAUAUCAUAUAAUGCUAAAUAAUUAUUUGUAGUUGGAUUGUUAGGAAUACUUUUUGUAUUUGCCUUUUCAGUAAUAAGUUUUAAUGUUUAUUUUGAUGAUAUAUAUCAAGGAGAACAAACUGAAACAUGCAACUCAUUAAUAACAUGUAUGAUCACAUUAAUUACUUCUGGGGUAAUUGGUAAUAGUAUGAUAAAUUGGGAUCCAUUAAAAUUUUUUUUUGAUAUGCUUUUUACUGUUUUCUUUGGAUUGUUGUUUACAAACAUAAUAUAGGGUAUUAUGAUUGACACUUUUGCAGAAUUAAGAGAUUAAAGAUAAAAAAUAGAAGAAGAUAUAAAAAAUAAAUGUUUUAUUUGUGCAGCAUCUAGAACAGAUUUAGAAAAGAUGAAUAUAUCUUUUGAUGAACAUACUCAUCAAUUACAUUAUAUGUGGAAUUAUAUUUUUUAUGUGAAAUGCUUAAAAUUAAAAGAAUGGACAGAAUAUACUGGUUUAGAGUAUUGGAUACAUGCUAAAUUAGAAUCAGAUGAUAUAACUUGGUUUCCAGAAAGCGUAAAUGAAGAUUCAAAUCUCAGUGAUUAAAUGUCUAAGAUGGAACAAAUCCUUAGUGAUGUAAUAGUGUUAUAAAAUGAGAUAUUAAGAAGAAUUUGA